CCGCCGCCGCCGCCUCCGCGCAGCUGGCUCGAGCCUGCCCGAGCGGCCGUUGUGCCGGCGGUUCCGCCAGGGGGUGCCGGGUCCGAACGAGCGACAGCGGCGUCCCGGGAGACCCUGCCGGCGAGACCCGGCGCGGGUGAGCGACUUCUUUCGUGAUGGAGGGAAGCCGGCAGACCCGAGUGUCUCGGCCCUACAAGAUCAGCGAAUCUUCAAAGGUGUACCGCUGGGCCGAGCACUCGACCACAGUGCUGCAGCGGCUGAAUGAGCAGCGUCUCCGUGGCCUCUUCUGCGACAUCGUCCUAGUAGCCGACGAGCAGCGCCUGCCGGCCCACCGCAACCUGCUGGCCGUGUGCAGCGACUACUUCAACUCCAUGUUCACCCUGGGCAUGCGUGAGGCCUUCCAGAAGGAGGUGGAGUUGAUUGGUGCCUCCUACAUCGGCCUCAAGGCUGUGGUGGACUUCCUGUACGGUGGGGAGCUGGCGCUGGACGGUGGCAACAUCGACUACAUCCUGGAGACGGCCCACCUGCUGCAGAUCUGGACAGUGGUGGACUUCUGCUGUGAGUACCUAGAGCAGGAGGUGAGCGAGGACAACUACCUGUACCUUCAGGAGCUGGCCUCCAUCUACAGCCUCAAGCGUUUGGAUGCCUUCAUCGACGGCUUCAUCCUGAGCCACUUUGGCACACUGUCCUUCACGCCUGACUUCCUGCAGAACAUCUCCAUGCAGAAGCUGUGCGUGUACCUGAGCAGCAGCGAGGUGCAGCGGGAGUGCGAGCAUGACUUGCUGCAGGCCGCCCUGCAGUGGCUGACGCAGCAGCCAGAGCGUGAGGCCCACGCCUACCAGGUGCUGGAGCACAUCCACUUCCCCCUCAUCCCCAAGAACGACCUGCUGCAUCGCGUCAAGCCCGCCGUGUGCUCGCUGCUUCCCAGGGAGGCCAACUGCGAGGGCUUCAUCGAGGAGGCCGUGCGCUACCACAACAGCCUGGCGGCCCAGCCGGUCAUGCAGACCAAGCGCACGGCACUGCGCACCAACGAGGAGCGCCUGCUGUUCGUGGGCGGUGAGGUCUCUGAGCGGUGUCUGGAGCUCAGUGAUGACACCUGCUACCUGGACGCCAAGAGCGAGCAGUGGGUCAAGGAGACACCCCUGCCAGCCCGGCGGAGCCACCACUGUGUUGCCGUGUUGGGGGGUUUCAUCUUCAUCGCCGGCGGCAGCUUCUCGAGGGACAAUGGAGGGGAUGCAGCGUCCAGUCUUCUUUAUAGGUAUGACCCCCGCUGUAAACAGUGGAUCAAGGUGGCCUCCAUGAACCAGCGCCGUGUGGAUUUCUACCUUGCCUCCAUUGAAGACAUGCUGGUGGCUGUUGGUGGCCGGAAUGAGAAUGGAGCACUCUCUUCAGUCGAGACGUACAGUCCCAAGACUGACUCCUGGUCCUACGUGGCCGGUUUGCCAAGGUUCACGUAUGGCCACGCAGGCACCAUCUACAAAGACUUCGUGUAUAUCUCGGGGGGCCAUGACUACCAGAUCGGCCCCUACCGCAAGAACCUGCUGUGCUACGACCACCGGACGGACGUGUGGGAGGAGCGGCGGCCCAUGACCACGGCACGGGGCUGGCACAGCAUGUGCAGCCUGGAGGACCGCAUCUACUCCAUCGGGGGCAGCGACGACAGCGUGGAAUCCAUGGAGCGCUUCGACGUGCUGAGCGUCGAGGCCUACAGCCCGCAGUGCAACCAGUGGACCCGCGUGGCCCCGCUGCUGCACGCCAACAGUGAGUCGGGCGUGGCCGUGUGGGAGGGUCGCAUCUACAUCCUGGGUGGCUACAGCUGGGAGAACACGGCCUUCUCCAAGACAGUCCAGGUGUACGACCUCGAGAAGGACAAGUGGAGCAAAGGCACCGACCUGCCCAAGGCCAUCGCCGGCGUGUCCGCCUGCGUCUGCGCCCUGAAGCCGAGGCUGGAGGACAAGAAGAAGAAGGGCAAGGCCAAGAGGCACCAGGACCGGGAUCAGUGACCCUGCCCUCGCCUACUGGGACCCCGUCCCCAUCGCCACCUCCCAGAGUGUCUGUAGACCAGCAACAACUUCGUAGAACCCUGGAACCAUUAUGUACCACUUAGCAGCUUUUUUUACUUUUAUGACUCUUGGUAUUUCUAUAUCACAGUAAACAAUUAAAUAUUCUAUGUAACUUUACUUAUUAUCUUGCUCGAAUAAUUAAACCUGGGCCCAGGCAGGAAAUAUGCCCUUAUGUCUGCGCAGA